AUGUCCGACCUCCCACCGAGAGGUCGGGGCGCGAGGCCCCCUGGGGCAGUUCCUAGGAGCCGUCGUGGGGGGGACUCGGGCUCCGCCCCACCAGCAAUACCACCAUCGGUCGCUGGCUCAUCGUCUUUUGGUGGUGAUGCCUCGCCAAUCUCGCCAGACCCUACCUCGACUAGGGCCACAUACUCGACGGUCGUGCCAGCUCGAUCUCGCCACACAUCGCCCCGCCGCAGGUCCCGUUCCACCACGGGUUCCACCCAUUCGUCCGCAGAUGAGUCUGACUCAGGGACGGCCCACCCCCAGGAGAUGGAGGUUGAGGGCACUCAGGGAGGGGAGAAGGUCUCGAGGGACCCCUCCGUUGACCUUCUCUUAGGUCAAUACACCUUGAAGUUCGGAGACACAGUUGAGGAUCUUCCUGGCAAUCUCAAGGCGGCUUCGGCUGCUAUAAUCUACAACGGACAUCGCAAGCUCAAAAGGACUCGUUAUGUCUCUGGCAGAGUUACCGCCCCAGAUGCGGAACUCAAUGCCAUCUCGUGCGCAGUGCGCCUUGCUGUCAAGCAGGCAAACUGCCAACAUAUUAUGGUCUUUACUGACUCUAUGGGCUCGGCCCAUAGAGCAGUCGACCCUUCUGUGCACUCUGGGCAGGCUUUCAGCCUGUCGGUCUGCCACAUUCUCCGAGAGUGGUUCGAGGUGGAUGAUCUCCGCCGCAUCACGUUUGUCUACGUUCCAUCUGCCCUGCGGUGGGACAUUCAUGGUGAGGUACACAAGUACGUCACCAAACUCAAAGUCAGGGUUGGAUGUCGGAAGACGGACAACUCUAUAGACGCGCUGCGCUCCCGAGCCGCGCACUCAGUCCUGGAUUCGUGGGGUUCCACUUUCCAGGAUCCAACCUACCGAGGCUCUGAAUUCUUAGAGCUUCAACAGCCUGACGGGCGGCUGCUACAGCCAUCGUACCUCAAUGGGGGACCUUGGCUUUCAACAUUUGGACACAGUAUCACUGAGUUCGCUCGCGUUUGCUGGUGUAUAACUGGCCAUGUGUCCAUUGGAGCGUACUACCGUCACUUCAAGAUCAAUGAGCCUCAUGGCUGCACUUGCGGGGCUGAUUUGCAGUCCCGUCAGCAUAUCCUCUUUCACUGUCGCGAUCGCUAUUCCGUGCAUUACCCCCGCUUUCUUGGGGAUAUUGCAUCUUUUAUGAAGUACAACCCCACGGCGUUUGGCUUCAACCGGGACUCUUCAGGUGUCGGAUAA